AUUUACUCGCUGAAUUUUUCCAAUUGAACCUUCAAACAAUGCAACUCUGUAAAUUGCGAAUAGGAAACGUCAACAGAUAAGUUUUGCAGUAAAAAUAUAUUAAAACGAAAUUGAAAUCAUAUCGCUACGUCAGGAGAAAAAUUAAAAGUUGGUUUAAAGUGCUUAAAAUACACAUAAAAUUUCCAAUGACUAGAUAAAAUUUGUGAAAAAAUUAUUAAGGAGUAGUUAGAGUUAUUGUAAAACUAGAAAUAUUUGCGAAAAUUUCUGAUCUUGGCUAGAAAGUGUGUUGGAAAAUUGUUGCUGAUCUGCAGAUUCGUGUUGCUGUGUGUAGAACGAAAGCAGAACGUGAAAGAAAAAUAAGUCUGAGCAGUGGCAUUCCGAGAAGUGGGCAAACAGUGAAAAGUGGCAGGGAAAAUUGUUGGACAUAUUUGAUUAAACGACACAGGAAAAGUGUCGGUGGGGUGGUAUGUGUGUGUGUGUUGGUAAAGAAACAAAUUUUGCCGUUUAUUGUUAAGGCUCGCAAGGUGGUGAAACGAGUAAAAAAUUUUCAACGGGCAUUGCAAGCAGACAUCUGGCACAUAAAAAAUCGCGUUGAGCGUUAAAAAUUCGCAUGAAAUAUCUUUGGAGUUGUGUUUAAAUACAUAUUUCGUUUGCUACUCAGCAGCUGCGAGCUAUUCCCAACUUCUUCAUUUUUUUUUGUGUGACACACUGUACGCGACAACAUCAACAAAAUAUUCAGCCGUCGAUCGAAAAUGUGGUCGUUCUUCUCGCGCGACUCAAGCAAAGACUUUCCUUAUGACAUUGGUGAACAGGUGCCCGGCUUUGAGUCACGCUCCAUUUGGACAUUGCACAAAGCGAAACGUAAGGGCACACAAGAAGAAGUCUCGGUAUUUGUGUAUGAUAUACGAAGUGGUUCGGAUGCGAAAUGUGAGUUGGCAAAGGCAGCGUUGAAGCGGCUAAAAACGUUAAGGCACCCGAGUAUUCUACAGUACCUGGAUUCGUUAGAAACUGAAAAAACCCUUUAUGUGGCUACCGAAUCGGUUGAACCGUUGGGCACUCACAUCGAUAAGUUGGCAUCUGAUGGACCGCAAAAGGAUCUAUAUCUGGCUUGGGGUGUCUUUCAAAUCACACGUGCACUUUCAUUCCUGAACAAUGACGGUAACCUUAGACAUAACAAUGUGUGCGUGUGGUCCGUAUUUGUGAAUUCAUCUGGCGAAUGGAAACUUGGCAGUCUCGAAUACGUCUCACCUGCGGAUGGAAAUCCUUUGCCUCCACUUAAAGUGCCACCGGCAUUGGAAGUCUACGAUCCGCCAGAGAAAAACGACCAGAGCAAACUGAAAGCGGCUACAAAAUGCUCGGUAGACAUGUGGGGUUUAGGUUGUUUAGUGUGGGAGUCAUUCAAUGGGCCAUUAAAAACGCGCUCAAAUUUGAAAGACAUUGAUAACAUACCAAAAUCUUUGCAAUCUCUAUAUUGCGAAUUGGUAGGUGCAUCGCCCUCGAAUCGCCCCAACCCAGCUGAUAUCAUAACCAGGUGCCGCAAGCCGGGUGGUUUCUUCAAAAACGACCUUGUGGAUACGCUGCUAUUUCUCGAGGAGAUACAAAUCAAAGACAAGGCGGAGAAAAAUCGAUUUUUUAGCGGCUUAACUUUACAUCUGGAUAAUUUUCCUGACAACGUGUGCAAGCAUAAAAUACUACCGCAACUAAUAACUGCAUACGAGUAUGGGGAUGCAGGCUCGGCUGUGCUGGCACCCAUGUUUAAGCUUGGCAAAUUACUGGAUGAAGCGGAAUACCAGAAACGUAUUGUGCCGUGUGUGGUGAAACUAUUCGCUUCCACGGAUCGUGUGACGCGUUCACGCUUACUACAGCAAUUAGAUUUGUUUAUAGCGCACCUGCAACCGCAAGUGGUGAAUGAUCAAAUCUUUCCGCAAGUGGCGCAUGGAUUCUUGGAUACCAACGCCACUAUACGUGAGCAAACAGUCAAGUCCAUUAUCCACUUAGCGCCGAAACUUAACUACAACAACCUGAACGUCGAGGUAUUGCGGCAUUUUGCGCGUUUGCAAGCACGCGACGAUCAGGGUGGCAUACGCACCAACACCACAGUGUGCUUGGGCAAAAUCGCGCCUCACUUGCAUCCACAGGUACGGCAACGCGUGCUAGUUUCCGCUUUUAUACGCGCGAUGCGUGAUCCCUUUCCCCCAGCACGGGUGGCCGGUGUGCUUGCAUUGGCUGCGACACAACAAUACUUCCUGCUGAGUGAAGUGGCAAAUCGAGUGCUCCCAUCUUUGUGUUCGCUCUCCGUUGACCCCGAGAAGACGGUGCGUGAUCCUGCUUUCAAAACGAUACGUGGGUUUCUGGGCAAAUUAGAAAAAGUCUCCGAAGACCCAAGUCUGCGAGAAACAAUGGAAGCUGAUGUGCACACUGCUACGCCGUCGAUCGGCAACGCCGCUGCCACGUGGGCGGGUUGGGCCGUCACAGCAGUUACUGCGAAAUUUUAUCGCAGCCAAAGCGAUUCCUCACGGCCGCGGCCACCUCUAACUGGGCGAAAUCUUUCGAAACCGGCAUCUCUGGAGCAACCCUCGAGUAGUAGCUUGUCGACGACGACGUCAAGCGUUACAUCUAUGACAUCGCUGGAGCACGAGAGCAACGAUACAUCGGCGUCUGCUUCGGACUACGGCAAUAACGAUUGGGAUAACGAAAAUUGGGGCGAAAUGGACACAUCACAGGACCCCAGUAGUCCAAUGGCUGGCACCUCAAAUAAUGGUCAAAUGAAUGCGGCGAAUGCGCUCAAUGAAGUACGCGACGGUUGGGAUAACGAGGAGUGGGGCAGUUUGGAAGAGGAGCCGGGUGAAGAGGAAGAAGAACAAGAGGAACAAUCACAACCAACGCACUCAAGACAAUCACCGCACUCGCCGCAUGCGCCGUUGGGCACGCCAACAACGCGUCCCCACCAACAGCAAUUGCAGCAACAUCAACUGAAUGAACUUAUCGAGCCGCUGUCGAAACUAAACACCCACACGGUGACUUCGCCAUCAAAAGGUCAUAAUCAACAAGCGCCUAACUUACGACCAAAGGAGCUCACAAAUAUAGCCAUCACUCAAACGACCACAACAACAACGGUAUUGACGAAUUGCAACAACGUCAGUCCGCCGCAUAUAAAUAACUCAACGAAUUCGAAUGCCAAUUGGAAUAGCGAUUCUUGGGCUGAUGGCGAAUUUGAGCCAGUCGAUGAACCAUUGACGGGGAAUCCCAAACUGGAUGAGGCACGCCGAAAACGAGAAGAGAAAAAGUUGCAGCGUCAACGUGAAUUGGAGGCGCGACGUGCGCAACGCAGUAGUGGUCCAAUGAAAUUGGGUGCUAAAAAGCUUUAAGAUGUGAAUACAUUUUUUUUCACUAAAUGGAUGUACGUUUAAUAAUAUCCAUACUUAUUUCCAUGUAUUGUAUUAUCGAUUGACAUACCAGCCAUAUGCAUAGGUAUGUAUAAUAUACAAAUGUACAUUGAAACUAUGUGUGGCAUAGCGUGACGGAAUGUUUAAGGCAAAAAGUAUGUGCUAGGCGUCAAACCAAAUAUUAUGUAAUUGUCGAGGCGCAAGUUUAAAUUGUAAUUUUAUAGGCACGCCCAAGAUAUUGACAGAUUCUUUUUAUAUAUUAAAUAUCAGAAAAUCAGAAAAAAUGCUGUAAAAUAUAAACACAAAAAAAUUUCA